AUGAGUAUUAAAACGCUCACAGCCGACGAUUAUGAAGAAAUCUGGCAACAUGAAAGAGAUAAGAGGCUGCUCAAGCUUUUGAGAGGCCGAGGCCAGGUGCCUUUGAUACCAGAAUCUGAUAGCGAUCAGGUUCCUCAAUUGGAUGACAUUCAAGGAGACGUCCUCUUCCGCUUCCCGAAGACUUAUGAACGCUUUAUUUUCUUCAAUAUUACCAACAAAAACCUAUUUCUCGAGGCCCUAGGGAAAUUCGAGCCUACUACGGCUGCCGAUGUAAAGAAGAAUAUGCUUGAUAUUUGUCAGAAGAAGGAGGAUAUUAGGGCGUUCAACAAUCUUCAGCUGGAAAUGGAGACGGCGAAAGAAAAGGCAGAGAGGUUACGAAAGGAAGCAGAAGAGUUAAAGAAGAAAGCGGAAGAGCUAGAGAGCGGGGAGAAACCAAACAAGAAAACGAAGGAUGACCAGAAACCAAAACACGAACGAGUUCCACUCAAGCAGAAGUUAAUCGCACUUACACGAGAGGGGCUCAAUGAGCUUGGCUUUAAGGACGAGACUGGUGAUGAUCGAUUCGACGGGAAGACUAUGCUUGAUGACAGAACCUAUCUCGGGGACCAAUCAGAUUGGGAUCUACUUUUCGACUGGAAACAAACAGGGGGGAGCGAUGAUAGCCUAGGCAGAACCGAGAAUAAGAAUCGUAAACCCACUACGGACCGCAAACCACUUCAUGGGGUGAUUGUCAUAGCCACGGAAACGGAGAGCCAAUAUAAAGAAGUAACAAACGAGGUCGAAGAAAUUUUCAAGGACUCCUGGAAAGAAAUGGGCACUCUGGACGGGAAUGUUCGUCCAAAUGAAAACCGCGGCCAUGAACACUUUGGAUUCCUAGAUGGCAUUUCUCAGCCAUCAAUCCGUGGUAUCGAACACCCACUCCCUGGGCAACUCCAGGUCGACCCUGGGGUUAUUGUCAUGGGAUAUCCUGGCGAUCCAGUACCAAAGUCGAAGCGCGCGCCCUGGGCCAAAGGUGGUACAAUGAUGGUCUUCAGAAAACUAGAGCAGUCUGUUAUUGAGUUCGAUGAGUAUUGCAAGGCAAAUGGGCCUCGUUGGAGGGAGUUCUUUCCAGGAGGAGAGGUCGCGGCAAAUCAGGUGAAUUUCGACGAAGAAGACGGAGCUGACCUUUUCGCGGCUCGCUUUGUCGGGAGAUGGAAAUCGGGAGCACCCCUUGCUCUGUCCCCCUGGUGGGAUGAUAAGGAGCUCGCUACAGAUCCAAAACGAAACAACGAUUUCGACUACACUGUCACCGGUGUACCUGGUGUUUCGGCUGGGGAGCCAAGCGAUUAUUACUGCCCCUUUACCGCUCAUGCCCGCAAAACUGUUCCGCGUAAUCUAGAUCCAUAUAUUUCACGCAAAUACUUUGAGUCGAGUGCUAUCGUCCGAGCAGCGAUUCCAUACGGACCAGAGCUGGAUCCCAAAGAACGGGAGGAGUGGAGAAUCAAGAAGAAAGAGGCGGGCUCAAAAUUCGUGUUGGAUCCGGAAGACCGUGGGCUACUGUUUAGCUGUUACGCGUCCCACCUAGAUUCCGGCUUUGUCCGCCAGACAACCGGAUUUGGAAAUAAUGAUUUCUUCCCUAUAACUUCACUUACGCCGACCAAACAUGGUCAAGAUCCCAUUAUUGGUGGUCCACCCGCAAAAAACUCCUCUGGAGUAGAAAGACAGGCUGACCUUGACCAGGAACCGACCAAGCCAUUCAAAGACGGUGACCAGGUGGAUAUUAAGCUCCAAGUUCCUGGUGACACCCUCAACACAUAUAGGGUCAAUGGUCAUGUUCAAGUCAAGCCUCUUACACAGAAGGCUCCCCCAGGCGCCGAUAACCCGUUUUUUGUUACCUCACGAGGAGGAGAGUACUUCUUCGUUCCAUCUAUUUCAACAAUCGAUAAAUGGACAGGGAAAUACGAGGAGAAGCGAACUGAAGCCAAGAAGAAGAAUGAUGAGGCUAAGAGAAAGAGGCACGAGGCCAGGAAGAAGGCAGAGGAAGAAGAAAAGAAGAAGCGAGAGGCAAAGUAG